AUUUAGAAAUAUUUGCAAAAUAUAAAUGAUAUAAAAUAAAUGCAAAAAUGUGAUGGUCAGAAAUCAAAAAUAUAAACAUUUAGUAACAUUGAAAACUUAAUAGUAAUAUUAUAAUGAGUAAUAUUAAUCAUGGAUUUAUUGCUGUUCAUGUAGGGGCAGGACGACAUUCUGAAACUCUUAAAGAAAAAUAUCAAAAAUUAUGUCGUCAAGCAUGCAAAGCUGGAAUACAGAAUUUAAAAACUGGUGGUAGUUCAUUAGAUGCUGUAGUAGAAACUGUAAUAGUAUUAGAAAAUUCUCCAUUAACUAAUGCUGGAUUUGGUUCUAAUCUUACAUUAGAAGGAACUGUAGAAUGCGAUGCAAGCGUUAUGGAUGGUACUACAUUGCAAUUUGGAGCUGUUGGUGCAGUUAGUGGAAUAAAAAAUCCUGUUUUAUUGGCAAAACGACUUUGUGAACAUCAAUCAGUUAAGAUUGCAUAUGGUAGAAUUCCGCCAAGCUUUUUAGUUGGGAAUGGUGCACAUAUAUGGGCACAAGAAAUGAGAAUUCAAACUUUACCUCCAGAACAAUUAAUUUCAACAAAAGCACAGAAAAUGUAUAAACAUUAUAAAAGAAAAAUAGAAAACUCUAAUGCAGAUGUUCAAAAGUAUACCAAGCAAAGAAUGGAUACAGUUGGAGCAAUAUGUGUUGAUAAAGAAGGAAAUAUUGCUGGAGCUUGUUCUAGUGGUGGUAUUAUUUUAAAAUAUCCUGGAAGAGUGGGACAGGCAGGAAUGUGGGGAUGUGGUACAUGGGCAUAUAAAGAUAAAUAUUCUAUAGGAACCAGCACAUCAGGCUGUGGAGAACAUCUUAUUCGUACUUUACUUGCGCGAACAGUUGCAGAAGCUAUAUCACAUAGUUCUUGUCCUAUUACCAACUUGUAUCAUUCUAUGAAAGCUGAUUUUAUCGAUUCAAAAUUUUUGUGCGGACUUGAACAGAAACUUGGAGGUGUUAUUGCUAUACGAUAUGCACCACAAGAAGGAUUAGGAGAUUUCCUUUGGAGUCAUUCUACAAAUUCAAUGAUAAUAGGUUACAUGAAUUCAAAUGAACAAAUGCCAAUGAGUCAUAUGGCUGUUCUUCCAUCUCAUGAAGUUGGUAAGAAAGCAAUUGUUGAAGGAAUUUGUUUUAAAAUCACAUAGUAUAUUAAUGAAUUUAUGAUUUGUGCGAGACAAUAUUAUUAUAUCAUAUUACUAUAUAAGAAACUACUUAAAAUAAUUAUUUAUUUUUAAUUAAUUUA